CAGGAAACCUGCCGGAAACUCUGAGAGUUUAACCAGUUGUAAGUUUAACAGUCAAACUCGGCGAUGAGUGAAUAUCUUCACCUACUGAUCUCUGUCACGGUUCUGCUAGGUCUGGUUUCCUGCGAGCCGGUCUUUGAUAUCACGGAUCCAGCGUUCAUUCAGGAAUGCGUGAGCGAACACAACAGGCACCGCGCCAACGUGAACCCAGAGGCCGCAAACAUGCGCUACAUGACGUGGGAUGAAGGCCUGGCAGUGACGGCGCGGGCCUGGGCCAGAUUCUGCAUCUUUAAACAUAACAUUCACCUCAAGGAGGUGAGAAGGGUACAUCCCACAUUCACAUCUGUGGGAGAAAACAUCUGGGCAGGAACGCCGUACUCCUCAUUCAAACCUGAAUCUGCAGUGAUGUUGUGGAAUAACGAGGACAAAGAUUACAAUUACGAUACAAAGCAGUGCUCAAAAGUAUGCGGCCACUACACACAGAUUGUCUGGGCAGAUUCGUACAAGGUUGGUUGCGCCGCACAAGCGUGUCCCAAUGGUGUGGCUGAAACACGCUUCUCAACAGUGCCUGGAAUCAUUUUUGUGUGCAAUUAUGCGACAGCAGGAAAUUAUGCAGGUGUAUCUCCGUACAAAAGAGGCGCCUCAUGCAGCGGCUGCAAACAAGAGACAUGUAGAGCCAAACUCUGUCAAAACUCCACCCGCGAUGCGCUGCAGAGUAAGUGUCUCCUCCUGAUCUCUCAGUCAGCCCAAAAUGCACUCCAUUCACAAUUACAAAUGUCUGAAUGUCACAUCUUUAACAGGUGUCUGUAUCUGCACUCAACACUUUGAUGUCAAAAGCCGAUCACGUGGCACAAGACAACAACAACAAAAAAAAAUUGCAUUAAAUAGGAUGAUCAUAGUUUGACAAAUCUGCAUUGUUUUGUGUAGUGAAGAGCAUGAAACCAUUGAAACUUACCUAAUAUUUAGAGACACUAAAAAACACUACCAUUUAUGCCAUAGAAACAAAAAU